GUGCAAGAGUUCCAAUUAGAAAUCCCCUCUAACCACUCAAAAGUCUCAUAAUUUUCCUCUUAACACUAUUAUCUGAGAGACCACGAUGGCCUCUUAAAAUGUUAGCCGCCGGUGAGCUCCCCGAUAACCACAAUCGGCAGUUUGAGCCGAGCAAUUUCGAGCCAACCACGCCAAGAGUGCUAACAAUACUAUCAUUUGUGCUUGAGAGGAUAGUGGCUCGAAACGACCAGCUGGCAGAUGGGUUAAGCCAGCAAGUGAAUGGGGUGAGUUACGGAUCUGCUCGGCUUGGGAAGAGCCUCAACGUGUUUCAUGGGGUGAGGGCACCAAACAUAAGCAUACCCAAUUACUUGGAGAGGAUUUACAAGUACACAAACUGUAGCCCAUCUUGUUUUGUGGUUGGGUUUGUGUACAUAGACAGGCUGGUCCACAAACACCCUGACUCGCUAGUCGUAUCCUUGAAUGUUCAUAGGUUGCUGGUUACAAGCAUAAUGGUUGCUUCUAAGAUGCUGGAUGAUGAGCACUAUAACAACGCAUUCUAUGCCAAGGUAGGAGGGGUGAGUAAUGCAGAAUUGAACAGGUUGGAGAUAGAGCUUCUUUUUCUUUUAGACUUUGGAAUUAUGGUAACUUCUCGGGUUUUUGAAAGCUAUUGUCUGCACUUGGAAAAGGAGAUGUUGUUGGCGGGCACUAAUCAGAGAAUCGAAAGGGCACUGGUGGAUGAUGUCACUGAAAUCUCUGUUGAUGAUACUCAAACUUCUUCACCACCGCAAGUUGCGGUUGUGGACUAACCUGGCGUUUGUAUGUAAACUAAGGUCAUUUUAAGACUUAUUAUUGUAAGACAUUGUUCACUUUAUCGGGUACAAGUCAAAGCCCAAUAAUCAUAGGGUUUUUAAGAUCUUUCA